CCGAGCAGACGGCUGCGGUUCCUGGUGAGACCCUGCCCGCCCCCACUGCCGGCGCCCGGCCUCGUCCGCUCCCCGGCCCCUUCCCCGCGGGCGUGUGGGUCCCGGGCUGGGGUCUCGGCGUCCGCGAUCCCGGGCCCGCUCGCUUCGGCCCCUCUCAGGAGGCUGCGAGGAGGGGUGGCGGCGGCAUGGAGGCGCGCUUCACGCGCGGGAAGUCGGCGCUGCUGGAGCGUGCGCUGGCGCGGCCGCGCACCGAGGUGAGCCUGAGCGCCUUCGCACUGCUGUUCUCCGAGCUAGUACAGCAUUGCCAGAGCCGCGUCUUCUCCGUGGCCGAGCUGCAGGCGCGCCUGGCCGCUCUGGGCCGCCAGGUGGGCGCGCGCGUGCUGGAUGCUCUGGUGGCGCGCGAAAAGGGUGCCCGGCGUGAGACCAAGGUGCUGGGCGCGUUGCUCUUCGUCAAAGGCGCCGUGUGGAAGGCGCUCUUCGGCAAGGAGGCGGACAAGCUGGAGCAGGCCAACGAUGACGCGCGCACCUUCUACAUCAUCGAGCGCGAGCCGCUCAUCAACACCUACAUCUCCGUGCCCAAGGAGAAUAGCACGCUCAACUGCGCCAGCUUCACGGCGGGCAUCGUGGAGGCGGUGCUCACACACAGUGGCUUCCCUGCCAAGGUCACGGCGCACUGGCACAAGGGCACCACGCUGAUGAUCAAGUUUGAGGAGGCGGUCAUCGCUCGAGACCGGGCCCUGGAGGGCCGCUGACCCUGCCGGAGAUAAAGGAUACAGAGAGCCCCUUCC